AGUUAGUCCAAUUGACUGAGCAUAGUCUCGGACACCCCGUGCAAGGCAUCUAGGUAGUCUCUUAGCUUCUUAGUUAUAAUCUUUGAUUGUAUGAAGCCUCCAGCUACUAUGCUGAUGCAAAACGGUAACAGGAUUGCCUUAGGCGGAGGCUCGGAGGUGGAGAACUCACGUAUUUUCCGCUCGCAAAUGAGCUCGCGCCUUUCGUCGUUUCGGGUAUGUCUCCUACGGUUUUCUUCUCGCGCAAGGAUACACUAAUGCGGAAGUCUUCCGCCGCCCGAGCUGAGGCGAGAAUGACUCAACAGGAUCUAGCACGCCCUGGUUAUGGAAGCCUGAACCGUGCGUACGUCCGUCGGUCUUCACGGGCGCUUCUCGGAUGAUCGAUUCACGAGAAGACGGCCGCCGAGGUGGGCUAGCUUCAGAGCUGAAAUAGGAAUGGAGUUGUAUUAUGUAACGACCUGUACGUUUCGUAUAACCUCUAGGGCUAUGUAGGAUAAAUAAGUUCCUUUAUUAUAUAACUUCUGCCUCUUCCUACUCGAAAUAUAUCUUCUUUCACUAUGAAGUCUUCACAGAUCAAACAUCUUUUCAACCCUUGUAAUCUUAAUUUUCUUCCUCAUCCUAGUUAGCACUCAUACCACUAAAAUGCCUCUUAAAGUCCUAAUAGUAGGCGCCGGCAUUUGCGGUCCCGCCAUGGCUCUUCUCCUGCGCCGCACCGACCCGGAAAAUAGCGUGACGGUAGUAGAACGCUACCCGGGGAUCCGGCACAACGGGCUUCAGAUCGACCUCCGAUCCUGGGGCGUGCCCCUAAUGAAGCGUCUCGGCCUUAUGGACGUCGUGCGCGAGAAAGUCGUGCACGAGGCCGGCUUCGCCUUCGUCGACGGCAAGGGCAAGAGACACGGCGUCUUCGGCACCAGCGGCACCGACAGCGGCGCCCAGUCCUUCACGAGCGAGUUCGAGAUCAUGCGCGGCGACCUCGCGCAGCUGCUCUACGAGGCCAGCCUCAAAGACCCGCAGACCGGGGUCAUGGACCCCCAGCCUACGCCCGAGCAGAUCGACGCCGAGGCGGAGAACAAGCCCGGCGUGCGAUAUCGAUUCGGCAUCACGCCCAAGACGCUGGUCCAAGAUGACGACGGCGUGGACGUCACGUUCUCGGACGGCACGGAGCGGCGGUACGACCUCGUCAUCGGCGCGGACGGCCAGUGGUCGCGCACGCGGCGCAUGCUCUUCGGCGAGGAAGCCGGGCUGGCCAUGCUGAAGCGGCUGAACAUGUACACGGCGUACUACACGAUCCCGCAGCAGCCGUCGGACGGCGAGCACGCGCUCUACUACCACGCGGGCGCGGGGCGCGGCGCCGCACUCCGCGCGGCCCACCCGCCCAGGACCCAGGUGUACCUCGUGGUGCGCACGGCGUCGGACGAGGUGCGGCGCGGCGUCGAGCGCCAGAGCGCGGCGGCGCAGAUGGACACGUUCGGCAAGGUCUUCGCGGGCUGCGGCUGGCAGACGGAGCGCUUCCUCGACGGCAUGCGCAAGGCGACCGACUUCUACGCCGACUCGAUCGGCCAGGUGAAGGCGCCGCACGUGGCGCGGGGCCGCGUCGCGCUGCUCGGCGACGCCGGCUACUGCGCCGCCCCCAUCACCGGCAUGGGCACCACGGUCUCGCUGAUCGGCGCCUGGACGCUGGCGGGCGAGCUGGCGCGGCACAAGGGCGACGUGAAGACCGCGCUCGAGGCGUACGAUGUUAAUGUGCGCCCGUACGUCGACGAGGCGCAGAAGCUGCCCCCCGGGUCGCCGUGGAUGAUGACGCUCCAGUCGAGCUGGGGCAUUCGGCUGCUCCAUUUCAUCGCGUCGUUGGUCACGUUUUUCAAGAUCGAUAAGAUACUCUUUGCUAUCGUGCCUGAGAACAAGGGUGGCUUGGCGCUUCCGGAGUAUCCUGAGAUGGGCAUCCCUGCUGCUCCUUAAAGUAGGCAUCGUGGAUAAAGGGAUGAAGAGGGUCUAGGAGGGAAGAGGGAGACGGUUUGGUUAAGGCUCAAAUACCCGCUCGAGAAUCUACUCCGGCUGUUAGGAGGCCGGGAUAAGCUGUGGAAUAAUGUGGUGUCGGGCGCAAUUAUGGUGCUUUGUAAAUUUGUAAAAUACCCAACUCUAGUAUUUAUACCGCUCAAUUAGGUAAACUUGUAUUGAACUCGAA